CCGCAGUAGCGACACCGAGACCGAUAGCAAGAGUAGACAUUGUGAAGCAGUCGAGCGACUAACUCAGAAGUGGGUGGAGAGGGUCAGGACACGAGAGCAGAAGGGAUAUCGAAGGAGUGACGUUGGGGAAAAGCGGAAGUCCAGAUAAAAAAUCGGAGCGGCGCCGCAUUCCCCGUUCUGGUUUAGCGCCGGCUGCUCCACGCUUCAAUUUUUGAUGCGGUUCCUGUCCUGAUCAUCGGAGAUCUUCUCGACACGACAGUGGGAUCGAGGAGUUCUUUGCGGCUUCAGACCUCAUCUUUCGGUGUUCUAAGUACUUUAUUACCCGCCACUUUUGGGCUCACACACUUCAAGAAUUAGCCCAACAUGAGAGUUGAAACGUGCCACUUUUGCUCCAGGCCUGUUUACCCUAGUAAGGGUAUCCAGUUCGUCAGAAACGAUGCCAAGGCGUUCAGAUUCUGCAGAAGUAAAUGCCAUCAGAACUUCAAGGCUAAGCGGCAACCGAGACGUGUGAAGUGGACCAAGGCCGGCCGCGCUGCCAAGGGCAAGGAGAUGAUUGUCGACUCGUCGCUGGUGCUGUCCCAGUUCGCCAAGAAGAGAAACGUCCCCGUCAAGUACGACAGAAACCUGGUUGCGGCUACGAUCAAGGCGAUGGAGAGAGUGGAGGAAAUUCGGCAGCGCAGAGAGCGGGUCUUCACGAAGCGCCGACUGGCAGGCAAGCUUGCGCGGGACCGCAAGCGCGAGGAGGAUCGCAAGGUGGUCAUGGAGGGCGAGCACCUCAUCCGCAAGGAGCUCCGCGAGCGGGAAGAGGGACAGCCAUUGGUAUCCGAGACGACCAAGGCAAGCAGACUGCACGGCGAGGAGCGGCUCAGACAGAAGAAGACCCGGAUGCUGGUGGAUGGAACCACCCAGGAGGAGAUGGAUGUCGAUUAAAGGGUAUGCGUUUCUUACGGUUCUUUCUCUCCGGCUGUCUGGUCGGGUUCGAUACCUUGAGGUUAUGAUGGAGUUGGGUUUGUUCUGUGUUUCAAGCUUUUCCUAUCCAAAAGUAUCCAGUGGUCUCUGCGAUGAACUUUCAUGUCCAAAUUCGUUUCUUUGCAGGUAUCAUAUUGACUUAAUCAUACAAAGACUUGCUCUACACCCUUUUUCUGGCCGAGUACCGGUCGAAUUAACACCGGGGGCCCUGACUGUACUAACUG